AUGUGGGUCCUGGACGUGGUGGCGGGUGAUAACAAAUGCUCCAAUACGACUUUCUACCUCGUCGCUGGUGAGUGGAGCAUAGGGCGUAAGCACUGCCACUUCAACUUUCACGCAGACACGUCUAUCUCGCGCACGCACGCUCUUAUCCGUGUGGGGGCCUUAACGUUCGAGCAACUGGAAGAUCCAUCGACGAGACCAGUGCUGGAACUGGUAGACAUGAACUCACGUUUUGGUUCAUUCGUGAACCAGGAGCAGUGCCUUGACACUCGUCGAUUACGUCAUGGCGACCAGAUUUCUUUCGGGGCGAAGAAGAUAGUGCUACGAGUGCGCUACCAAGUGUUUGUGCUCGUCGCCUCGCGUAUCCACCGGGCAAAUCGGCCGCAGGUGAAUGACACGUGCCAGCGCAUUGGUAUGCAUUUACUAGGGACGGAGACUAAGGACGCCACGCACUGUAUUAUGGAUCCAGGACGCAUUGUGGCGACCGUCAAGGUACUCUGGGCCUUAGUAUUCAAUCAACCCGUGGUAUGUACGCCGUGGAUAUACGCCAUUUUGAACCGUUCAAGUCUGUCAGAACCAUUGCCACGCUGUGAAGAGUUUCUACCUUCCGACCCAUCGAUUCCAUCGAUGGAGAGCAAUUAUCUCCCAAAUCCUUUGCGCAAGACGCUGUUUCUAGGAUAUGCGGUGGUGUUUCUGACGCCACAGUCGAUGCAAGAGCUCAUUCCGGCCAUGGGUGGCGUCGUGCUUGCUGCGUACCAAGGCUAUAAAGAGGAUAAUAAUCUGCUGCGGGAGUUGGAAUCUCUAGCUUCCAGUAAGCGCUUGCUGCUUGUGGAGCCUCAAAAGGGUGCGGAGUUCUCGAGCACGGCACGACAGAGUGAACAGCGAGCUUCAGCUGUUGAUGACCAUGCCUUUCCUUUGGCGAUAGCGGAGCGACGAGUGGACUUGUUGAAGUCAAUGGGUGCUGUCUUUACGAGCGUGCAAGAACUAGCGGCAAGUGUGAUUUUUGUGAAAACACCCACAGCACUCAACGACUCUGUUUUCAGCAGUCACGCAGGAUCGUCAAUUCAUGUUAUGAGCUUUCCAGAGCAUUUAAGCCUACGAUCCACAUUGACAGCGGAACAUGAGGACCAAGAGAUUCAAUUAAAUCAAGAGGAGCAGGGCGCGGACUACAAGGAAAACAAUGUUGCGGAUGCAAUGAUCAAGAAGGAUUCUGAGCAUCUGACUGACCCUCACUAUAAUAGUGCCGAGGUCAAAGGUGGUGCAUUCGAGGAUCCAGACAUUAACAUUGUGCAGGUUCCCGAUAUGGGGACUCAAGAACAAGAUGAAGCGUCUUCGUCGCCAGGAAUGAGUGAGCGUGUGAUGAUGCCCGAGAAGUCAAAAGACAUGGAUCUAUCGGCAUGGAAAUCUUCACGUGUGUUGCGACACGACGUGAAGCCCGAACAACAAGGUGAUUUUGGUAAGCCAGUUGUGGUUAGCUGUGAGUUGAUCGUGAAAAAGCGAGAGCUGUCUGGCCAGGGCAAGAAGAGAGAACCUGGUUUGGUGAACUACAAGCGCUUCAAAAAAGGAAACGGAUACAAGUCACGCUCUUCUACCGCCUCUUUGUUUCCCCAGCAGACUAUACUUAGCGUGGUUGACAAUGCCGAUCGGGUGGCGCUUCAAGAAAAUCUCGAAACUAUGGAAGAGCAAGAGCGAAUCGCGGAGGAGUUGUUUGCUAUGGGAGAAGGAAGAACCAAGACGAAGCUGUUUUAG